CUUCUCUAUUUAAGAAUUUGAAAUAGGCAGUUAUUUUUGUAUAAAUUUCUAUACAAGUAAUUAAUAGAUAGUUUAUAUUUUGAUAUAAAAUAAUACAGAAGAUUUAUUGGAUUAAUUUGAAUAUGGGUAUUCCUCUUCAUAUAGAAGUUGUACAAAGGAAGCAAAGCCAUGCUAAUAAAGAUUACAUCAAAGACAUGGUUCAUUCUUUUUUAUCAAAUUUUGCAUCCUUAACACCUGGUGCAAUAAUGACUGAAAGUGACUUAGAAGAUACUGUAGAUAUAAAGAACCAUGUUCAGUCGAUUACCAUCUGUGAUGUAGAGCACGAUUCUGAAGUGAUAAUGACCGAUUGUGAAGUUGUGUAUCAUGUGUAUUCGUUAGAUUCUUUUGGCUCGGAAACAGAUACUAUGAUGGAUACAGCUUCAGGUGAGGAAAUUGCUGCAGCAGAUGUGUGGGCUCUCCCGGCUGAAGAGUUUCACGGACUCUGGGAAAAUCUUGUUUACGAUUCGAAAUUAAAGGAAGACACACUUCGCUUUGUUGAGACUGCUUUUGAGUUUUCCGAUCGAGGCGUGGAUGCGAACGUUAUCGGCUGGAACCGAGUAGUGCUUUUACAUGGGCCACCGGGAACAGGCAAAACUAGUCUCUGCCGGGCACUCGCCCAAAAGCUUGCGAUUCGCUUGGGAGAUCGAUUUCCUCGCGCUCGUCUGCUAGAAAUUAAUGCUCACGGUCUAUUCUCUAAAUGGUUUUCAGAAAGUGGAAAAUUGGUCGCUAAAUUGUUCGAUCGCAUUCGAGAAAUUGUGGAAGACAGGCGGCUUCUCGCAUGUGUACUUGUAGACGAAGUAGAGUCCCUCGCACAUGCAAGACGAGCCGCGUUGGCUGGGCUAGAGCCGUCUGAUUCGAUUCGUGCCGUAAACGCCAUCCUUACGCAAUUGGACCGACUUAAACGGCAUCCUAAUGCACUUGUUCUAACAACAUCAAAUGUGACUGGAGCAAUUGAUGUAGCUUUUGUGGAUAGAGCAGAUAUUAAGCGCUUGGUGGGACCACCGUCUGAACGUGCAGCCUAUGAAAUUCUCCGUGGUUGUUGCACCGAGCUAAUGGCACGUGGUAUUAUUGCUCCAAAAGAACAUUUAUUUGCAUUGCGUGUCUUAGAAGCUGCUCGUUUCGUAGAUACAGAAGGGUCUAGAGCAUCACUGAGAUUGCGAGAGGUGGCAAGUGCUGCAGCAGCCGCUAAUAUAUCUGCCCGGGCACUGCGACGGUUGCCCUUCCUAGCCCGCGCUCUGCAUGCAAGGGGAGAUACAGAUCUAUUGGGAUUCAUUGAUGCUCUGCAAGCUGCCCUCAGACAGUAUCUUAGUGAUAUUCGUGAUUUGAAUGAUGAAAAUUUACCAUUACCUACCCUGGCAGAAGAUUAAAGCUUAUAUAUAGAAUAAUUUUAAUGUAGUGUAAGGACAAAAGUGAUAUAUUUCUAAAUAAUUUUCAACUUAUUUA